CCGGAGCUGCAAUCGACUGCUGUGGUACACAAGAAGAUGUGGAGCACUGUGCUGUUAUCGUGUUUACUUGCCACGGCAUUUGGAGAUCAAAUCGAAGAAGAACUGAAAGAAAGGAGUACCAGAAUCGUCAAUGGUAACGAGGCGUCCACAGGAGCUUAUCCAUACCAGGUUUCCUUCCAAGUGGAAUACUUGGGCCACUGGUACCACAUCUGUGGGGGGACAAUCGUCACUCGUAACAAGAUUGUGACAGCCGCCCAUUGUGCAGUGGCGUACCCACAGUUCCCGUGGAGGGUGGAGCUGGGCACCGUGGUCAUCAACGACGUGACCAACCCCAACAGACAGGCCAUCGAUGUGGCCUCUUACGAGAUCCACGAAGGAUACACGCCCCUGGACAACCUACCCAAUGACAUUGCUAUCUUGACACUGGCCAGUAAAGCCAGGAUCACGAGAUUCGUUCAGCCCGCUUUACUGCCGUCCAACAGAGACCAGUUUGUUGACCAGCCCUGCGUCAUCACCGGGUUCGGCUACGUCAACGCCACCAGCGGGGCGUCCCCUGUGUUGAGGGAGACCACCACCCGGGCCAUGUCUAACGACGCCUGCAACGCCCACUACAGGGCGGUUGCAGAGGACAGAGCUUACGUGUUGGACGGGCAGAUAUGUGUGUUAGACUUGAAUCGUCCAGUAGGUCACAGACCUGGCGCGUGCUACGGCGACAGCGGCGGCCCCGCCAUGUGUGGCAGACACUUCAAGUUCUUCGCUGGCAUCGCUUCCUGGCUCGUCAGCUGUGAUGGUGAGCAUCCAGUCACCUACACUCGAGUCAGUUAUUACCUGGACUGGAUCAGGGCCAGACUACACGACAAACAGUGAAUACAGUUUGAACUAAAACUUGACAUAUCAGAGAGAUGAUAAAAUAAAACAAGCUAUAACAAUGAAA